GCCAGUCUUCCGCCGCGCGGCGACAGCGUGUGUUGUGUGGGUGUCUUUUUUUUAUAGCACGCGCGUUCCGUCACCGCAGUUGACGUGUCGCAACGUCGUACACGUUUGCGAGUGCCGCGAGUGCGUGCGACCUGAUCGCGAGGAACCGUUCGCGCUCGCGCGACCGGAACUCCAGUCUCGAGCACCGAUCGACCCGGCGAUCGACGACGGCUGACGGAUUUUUUUCUCCCCUUUCUAUCUCUGUCUCUCUUCACCGCCGAUCGCAUCCGACGCCGCGAGUGAUCCACGGAUGAUCCACGGAUGAUCCACGGGUGAUCCACGGGUGAUCCAACAUGGCGUCGACCGAUCUGUCGUUCGGCUCCAUACCGGCGUUCUACAGAGAAGUCUACGAGAAGGUCUGCUCGCCCACCAGCGGAAACGUGAAGCUCGAGGUAUUUAGGUCCCUGCUGGUCAAGUCGCAGCUAACCGGGUCCGUCAUCAAUCAGAUAUGGAAGCUGGUAGACAGCAAGACCGGUUAUCUCACGAGAAGCGGACUGUACAAGGGUCUCGCGCUCGUCGCCUUUGCUCAACAAGGAAAGCAACCGAGCGACAAGCUGCUGGAAAACUCCGAAUCUCAAGAAUUGCCCGUCCCCGCUCUGGGAGACCUGUCGGAAGUGACGCUUCUGGCGCAGAGGCUGCACCGGGGCAAUCCCGCGAAGCUGAAUCAUACGUUCUCGGACAUUUGUAAUCUGGACAGUAUCGAGGUCAACCUCGUGCCGGAGAAGAAGGGCAUCUUCCUGAAGCACGUGGAGUAUCAAGUCACCAGCAAGAGAUUCAAUUCUGUGGUCUACAGGCGUUACAAUGACUUCGUGUCGUUGUACGACCUCCUCCUAGCCCGGUUUCCCUACAGACUGAUUCCCAAGUUACCACCGAAGAAAAUUGUAGGAGCGGACUCGCAAUUUCUCGAAGAGAGGCGGCGCUCUCUGCUGCGGUUUCUCACGCUGAUCGCUCGCCACCCGGUGGUCAGCGAGGACCCCAUCGUGCAAUUUUUCUUCACGUACACCGGCGACGAGACGCAGCACAAGAUCCGCGAGGUAUUCAGGCGCGUGCCCGACGAAUUUGCCACGUCCGAGCUGUCGUCGAGGGCGAAGGAGCUGAUGCCGCCCGAGACGCUGACCGAGUUCGCAAACAGCCGCGAUCAGAUACGCGUGAUACUCCUCGGGAUCUCCCGAUUGAAGCACAUCGCCGACAGCCUGGCAUUCAGGUCGCACAAUUACGCGGUGGAUAUGGCUGAGCUUGGCAAUCAGCUGAGCACUUUGGCCGCGGAACAGCACGGCACCGCUACCUGGAUCACCGGCAGUUCCAGCCUUUGGCAAGACAUGAAGAAAGGCUUUCACGUAAUCUCCAAAGAGUUCAACCUGCUGUCGACCAGAGCCCUCCAACAGGCGGUGCGGGAGGAGACCAUGGUAUGCGAGAGGCUGAAUCUCCUGCUCGACAUUUUAGUCGCGCACAGGAUGUUGUGCGAGAGACACGAGCGAGGCGUCAGCGCCGAUCACCAACGCGCUCUGUCUACGAUGCUGUCUCUCAAGAAGCGGCAAAUGCAAGGAGUUAUUCGCGGUACCGACGCCGACACCGUCGAGUACCUUGAGAACAAGAUGGUCUCCCAGGAAUCCGUGAUUGCUAACGUCGAGCUGAGGAAUUGUUUCUCGCUGCUCUGUCUGCACAUGGAGACCCAGCUCGUUCACGCGCAUCUGGAGAUACUCGCCACUGUGCUGCAGAGCCUCGUGAGCGUGCAGAUUCGCGGGCAUUCCGAGUUGGCUGAAGUGUGGAAACUAAUCGAACCGACGAUUACAAAGUGUUUGCCCGAGAAGUUAGCAAGCGGGUCCAAUGGAGGAUAGCACAGGAGUAGCAAAGUUUCGUACACGUCACGACAGAUCAUAGCGAUGCCAAAUAAUUGAUAACUGAAACUUGUAUACAAAUCUUAGUAAACAUGAUGACACUGUGGUCGAACAUGAUGACAAUUGUCGAAGACAGGAACAAGGAAGACGUGCAAAAUCGUCCAGCCGUUCCAUAUUGAUCACAUAGAUUCUAUAACUACAGCCAUUGACAAAAUUAUUAGUGUCUAAUAAUUUUGUCUAUGGCUGUAUCUACGUAUAGAUUCUAUAUCUGUCUGAUUACAUAGAUUCUUACAGCAUUUGUGUAUCCCUUGAUUAUCAAGCGAUUAAAUAUCACGUAUGAUAUUUAUCUCUUAUUAUAUAAUGAUAAAAGUCUCGAAUAUGUAUAGCGCGUUUAAGUUUUAAACAUUCCCUGUUGUGUACUUAAUAUAUUUUAUGGACCAGCGUACGAUAUUUCUAAUUCCCUAAUAACUAUUAAAUUGCUAUGUACAUAAGAACUUGUAGGUUGUAUAUACGCGCGUCGCAUCGAUGCGCGACGAGUGCCUAUGCGAUUGUAAAUACAUGUGUAACUCGAA